AUGAAGACAUCUGAUACUGGGGUGAUUUGGCUUGAAUGGCUGGUUCAGACACAUAGCAUACGGCAACUAUGGGAAGCACAACCUACUUAUAUAAUUUCGCAAGCGGUAUAUAUACUUGCUGGAGUAGUCACGUUAUUUCACGCAUUUAGGAAGGGUGGAAGAUGGCCAUACUUUUGGCUGGGCACGGUGCUCCACGGAUUAUUCACCGACAACUUUUGGCACUUCGUGCUGCCUGAAUACGACAACUUCUGGCAUUCUCAAACGCCCAUAAUUUUCCUAGGCGCCAGGCUACCACUUCAUAUAAUUCUUUUGUAUCCGGCAUUUAUCUACCACGCUGCAUAUGCCGUAUCCAAGCUGCGAUUGCCACGUUACGCGGAGCCGUUCGCUGUGGGCUUGGUGACGGUGCUCGUGGACAUUCCAUACGACAUUGUCGCUGUCAAGUUCGUGCAUUGGACCUGGCAUGACACUGACCCCAACAUCUAUGAUCGCCACUACUGGGUGCCAUGGAACUCUUACUACUUCCAUGCUACGUUCGCCGCCAGUUUCUUCUACUUUUUCCACGACAGCAGGCGGUGGUUCGCGCCUAAAACCGAACAAUGGACAUCUGCCGCUAAAUCAGUCGAAUGGAAAUCUCUCGUCAUCUCAUCUGUCCUGGGCAUGCCGGGUGGAGUCCUUAUGUUUGUGCCAAUCUACCAUCCCCUUCAUGACGUCUACAAGAUUCACUCCGAAGUCACUUUCUUCCUACUUCUAGCCAUCUUUGCGGCCAUCGUCGUCAACGGCAUUUUGAGUGAAAGAGAGAAAACAAGGGACAAGUUAUCUACAGUCGACUAUGUAUUGAUGAUGCAGCUUGCCUUGCAUUACGCAAUUUACUGGAUCUUCGUGGUAUUUUUCCAUCCGGAAAAGGAGUGGUCCCAAGGUCUACAUGAGCCCGUCGGGCCUUGUGACGAAGUGUCUAGUCUAGUCACACCAUUUGGGCAGACUUUGUACAAACGUAAAUACUUCUGUCCUACGGACUACGAUGAGGGAUAUUUCGAUUUUAGUUGUGUUGGUGGCCAGGCGCCACAAAAUGGUGCCAAUUGGUACAUCGUUUGUGGGACGCCUUUCGAGAAUCGUGCAGAGUAUGUUACUGUAUUGUCGACAAUACUCAUCGUAGCUGCUGGAGUUUUUUAUGGUCUGUACUUCAAAACAGUCCAGCUGAAUCCAGCACCGACUAAGAAGUUAAAGUCUAAG